AUGGCCACCAUCACCGAAACCACCACCAGACUCACAGCUCCUGUGGGGAGGUUGUUUUCCCAGGGCCCCGACUUCAAGUAUGGCGAUUUCCGCGAUGACCUGCUACAAAAUGGAUAUGCAGUGGUCAAGGGCGCCGUUCCCCGCGAACGGGCCCUGAAAUACGCCGACGAUAUCUAUCAGUGGCUGGAAGACUUGUACGUAUCAACUAUCAGCCAUGCAUUGCAACCACUAAUUCAGUCACAUAGUAACCUCGGCUUCAAGCGAGAUGACCCCUCAACCAUCCACAAAGACCACCUCCCCGACAUCAAUGAGAAGGGAAUGUGUCUAGGUUACGCUAUUUCCCAUGAAUCCUUCACUUGGGCAGUGCGUCAAGAACCCGAGGUUACUAAGGCUUUCGAGAAAGUCUACGACACCGAAGACCUUAUCGUUAGUUUUGAUUCGGUCAAUAUUGGAUUCCCUAAUCGCAAGGACAUGCAACCCAACAAGCCCUGGCCGCAUCAGGAUCAAGAUCCCGAGGAGCCCGGUUUCCGGUGCUUGCAGGGACUGGUGAACCUGCUUCCCAAUGGUCCCAAAGACGGAGGCUUGAUUGUCUGCAAGGGUGCCCACCGACUUAGUGAAGAGCUCCACGAGGAGUUCAAGGAUGAGGAAGAGAAGGUCUGGACGUGGUAUAUGAAGCCCCGCUCCCAUAUGAAUACUCAUCUUAACGAAUCUUUUAGGACUCGACACUGGUAUGGUCUCACUACAGCCAACAUGAACUGGCUUAAGGAAAAGGGUUGUGAAUGGAUCAAGGUCGAGGCUGAGCCUGGUGACCUGCUUCUGUGGGACUCGCGCACUCCUCACUACAAUGUCUCCUCCGAGUCCGACCAGAACCGAUUCGCCGUUUACACAUGCUAUAUGCCUGUCGCUGAUGCAACAAAGGAGGAAUUGGAGGUCAAGAAGAAGGCUUUCGAGGAGACCAAGAUGACUACCCACUGGCCGAAUGCGAAGCAUGUGGUUGAGCUCCCUGUUACGCGAAAUGGAGAGCCUGAUCCAUACCAGCGCACUAGUCCUCAGAAGCCUGUUCAGCUUUCAGAGAGGGGUUAUAAACUGACUGGUAUCCCUUAUCUGGAGUCCAUGGCUUAA